AUGAUAAAUAGUCGCGUUUGGGUUGUUGAAGAAGUGCUUGGAUCCAAAACCGAGGUAGAAACGUCAGGCGAAGGAUCAGGUGAAGGCUCUGGGGAAGGUGCUGAAUCUGGUGAAAAUGUCGAAGCCUCUGGUGAAGGAUCAGGAGUUGAACUAAGCGGUGAAGGAAGUGGUGAGGGUAGCGGUGAAGGUAGCGGAGAAGCUAGCGGAGAGGCUAGCGGUGAGAUCGAAAAGAUCGGAAAAGGCAAGAAGACGACGGAAUUGGUAGCCACUAUCUAA